ACUAACCAAGCCUACCUCUUCAAUCGUUUGUGAGGCCAUUUUCCAACCACGCAAAAGUUGCACGGCGGCCGCUAAAGACUCACCCAUAAUGUCCUGCACAAACUGUAGAUAAUCUCAAUCUUACAAAAUCGCCAUAGAUUAUCUGUUUCGGAGUGGUAGUCACACAAUAGCAAACAAACCUACUCGUGAUGUCCUUCAAGUCUAGCUACCUCUACGCCCUCGGUGCGUUGUUUCUUUUCCACAGCGGCUAUUCUGCCAUGCAGUUCUACCAAUACGUGAAGGCCACAGACUCAACUCUUCCCCUCCCAACCGAUAUUGGAUUAGAGGCCUUGCUAGGUGCCGCCGUGACUAUCAUUGCCGCCGUUUUCUCGGUAGAGAUCCCUGCUCAGUUGAGCGCGCACGAUGACGAGGUGUUGGUGAAGCCUUAUCGCUUUUUUAAGCCAAUUGAGAUGAGGUAUGCGACCACAGAGUUUCAGAAACUCGGUAUUAACCCAUUCGAGGAAAUCGAAGCUAGACCGGCUUUUAUGAAUAUUGUCGCCAAGCGAAAAGAGUUCCAGGAAUGGGCUAAUAAAUAGAGGCAAUCCCCACCCUCUCCAAGACUCGCUCAUAGAUCUUGGAAAGGUUACCCCUUGGUAUAACUCCUGGGAUAAGACGUGAGUUUGUUUUUCAAUGGAUCUUAAGCCCCUUUUGUUAGUGUUCAACGUUGGAUGAACCAUGCGCAGCUGACGUCCUAUAAUUAGGCUGUAUAUAAUAAUAUGGCGGUAAAGUUAAUGUAUGUUGCUUAGGGAUUGCGGGCUUUUGGGAGUAGUUAGGAAUCAACACUAAGAUUGGGGUUCACCUCCACGCCAACACUCGAGCUCCUGCAUUGCUGCCAUUCAUCACCUUCAUUCUAAUAGAUAACCGAACUUUC